UACACCUGCAUAUUUUUACAAGUAUGGCGCCUACUGCAGAGGGUAUGGAAGAUAAAGGUCAAAGCAACGUGAUCCUCUUUAAUGCUACAAAGAAGGAACUGUUUACACCUAGUAGUGGUUUCAAAUCAUUAAACAGAAAACUUAGAUCUACUUGGAAGAUCAAUGUAAAUAAAGAUGAAAUCACAGAUGAGAAGCUUGCUGGUGCUAGAAUAUUUGUUCUGGCUGGUAGUAGAGAGAAAUUCUCACAAGCUGAGUUUGAUGUGAUGAAACGUUACAUGGAUACAGGAGGAAGUAUUUUAGUUAUGACAGGAGAAGGUGGGGAAUCUAGAUUUGAUACAAAUAUCAACUUUUUCCUCGAAGAAUUUGGUGUUAAUGUAAAUACAGAUGCUGUUGUAAGAACAUCCUACUACAAAUAUUUCCACCCAAAGGAGUGUUUGAUAUCUAAUGGUGUACUGAAUAGGGCAAUUAGUCAAGCUGCAGGCAAAAAUAUAGGCUAUGGUGAUGAAGAAAAUAAUGCUACUGCGCUCCAGUUUUUGUAUCCCUAUGGUGCGACAAUUACAGUAAUGAAACCAGCUGUUGCCAUAUUAUCUACUGGUGGUGUCUCCUUUCCUCUUAAUAGACCAGUCUGUGCAUUAUACAGUCAUGCAAAUUCUGGCAAAUUAGCAGUUAUGGGAUCAGUACACAUAUUUCAUGACCAGUACAUAGAUAAAGAGGAAAAUAGCAAAAUACUGGAUGUGUUGAUACGAUAUAUGACAACAAAUGAAAUCAAGUUAAAUGCAAUAGAUGCAGAAGAUCCUGAGAUAUCUGAUUAUAAUACGUUACCAGACAUAUCAAAGAUAUCAGCUAAUCUGAAGACAUGUUUACAAGAGAGUGAUGAUAUUCCACGAGAUAUUACCACAUUAUUUGACAACUCUCUCUUUAAACUGGACACCAGUUUAGUUCCAAAGUCUAUCAAAGCAUUUGAACAGACAAAUACGAAGCAUGAGCCUCUCACACUGAUCACUCCACAGUUUGAAACCCCUUUACCACCUCUACAACCAGCUGUGUUUCCACCACAGUUCAGAGAGCUACCAGCACCUUCUCUAGAUUUGUUUGAUUUAGAUGAACAGUUCUCAUCUGAGAAAGUCAGACUGGCACAACAAACAAAUAAAUGUACGGAUGAUGAUCUGGAGUACUAUGUACGGGAAUGUGGAGAUAUUCUUGGUGUGAUGCAGAAUCUAGCACCAGAGAGUAGAGAUGCUAAACAUAUCAUUGAAUAUAUCUUUACACAAGUGGUAGAGUUCAAGAAACUCAAUCAGGAUUCAGAUUAUGAUACAAAUCAGUUUGGAGGUGGGGGAGGAACAGAUAUGAUGGCUAUGUAGUGAUUGGACAAUGUGUUCUAGAGUGUGUCGGGACAUUUAUAAACUGUGAUAAAACUUUCCAUUGAUCAGCAUACACUCCAGCUGUCAGCUGUGAGAUUUUUAACAGUUUCUGGGCUAACACUCCAAUUUACCGCUAAUAUAUGAUUUGAUAUGACUUCAGGAAAAUGGCUCAUUUACUAUUGAAUAUUUCGUUAAGAUUCAGCCACAUGUUUUGGAGUUUUUCUCUUUUUUUUUUGUCUGGUAAAAUUUUAGUUAUCUUGUUCUAUAACUAAAUGUAGAACUAAACGGUUUUCGUUACAUCUCAUUAGGUUGUGAAGAGAUUUUUGUCAUACGUGAUUUUUGUUGAGGCGAUCUUUAUUGAGGCGUCGUAUUAAAUCACUUGGGGUCUUUUGAUAUUGAAUAUAUAGAUUGCCCUUCACUACUGUAUGCUUGAAUCAUCAAUUCCAUCAUGUUUGAUAAAGCUAUCAUGCUAGCAUAUAAGUGCCUGAUUUUUUUCUUUUUAAAAAGGGGGCACCUUAGGUUUUAAUUCAUCAAUUAAGAUGGCCAGUCGUUUGUAAUGCUGUCGCUUUAAAUAUUUACGUUAUAUCUACAGCUGAAAGAGCUGUCCGUUUCUUAUUGAGAACUGUGUAUAAGAUGAGAAUUUGGACUGUCUUAUUUUACAUCCGUAUAUUCAAAGUGAAACAAGUAAUUGUUGAUUAUUGUGUUAAUAGUUUUUUAAGAAACAAAAACUAUACAAAUGGUAUAUAGAUGUUAAGUAAAAUGAGUAUUCUUAUGUUAUGAUAAGGAGAAUCCACAUGUCAGUUACGAUGAAUUGAUACCAGGGGUGUUAAUUAGUAAUUACUGAAGAAAAUAGUCAACUUUGUAAUCUUUGUCAAUUUUGUAAUUAAAAUACUAGAUUUGUUGUUGUAUGUCACAAUUUGAUAUGAUUUUUCUGCAUCUAAGAUCUGAGAGAUUGCAUUUGAUUGUUACAUGGUUUUAUUUAUUUAUAUGUAAAUAUUCUGUUUCAUUAUUAUAUGUCCAUAUCAUUUUCACAUUUUUGUUAGUGCUUGUAUGAAUUAUUUCAAUGUACUCGAGUAAAUUAAGCUUUUAAUAGUUAUGUUUCAUGAAAUUGUAUUUUCUUUACAAAUACAUUUAAGGUGGAAAAGCAAAAUUAGUUUUUUUAAGGAAAAAAUAAGCUCACUAUUACUGAGCACAAUUGAAAGCUUAUGAAAUGUUAACGUUUUUAUGGAUUACUAAGUAUUUAUCUUUACUGAAGAAAAAAAACUGUCUGUGCUUUUACUGUGUGUGGAAGGAUUUAUAUAAAAUUUAAAAGCAAGAGCGAUUUUACUUCAGAAACUAAAUGUUGACAUUCAUUGUUUUUAUAUCAUACAUAAAGAUAUAUUGGCAAUUCGGAAGAAAACUGAAAUGUUUAAAAUGACUAAUUUGUUACUUUGACAUAUCAAACAUUAUCUUUGUCCGUCCAUAUAAUAUACUGUAAAUUUUAAAUCUCAAAAUAAAAAUUCUCUCACUGAAA